CUCUCUCUCCCCCUCUCUCUUCUCUUUCUCCCCCGUCCCCCCGCCCCCUCCCCCCCAGGCCUGAUGAGCAGGUCUCGCGCCUCCAUCCAUCGGGGGAGCAUCCCCGCGAUGUCCUAUGCCCCCUUCAGAGAUGUACGGGGACCCCCUAUGCACCGAACCCAAUACGUUCAUUCCCCAUAUGAUCGUCCUGGUUGGAACCCACGGUUCUGCAUCAUCUCGGGGAACCAGCUUCUCAUGCUGGAUGAGGACGAGAUACACCCCCUUCUGAUCCGGGACCGGAGGAGCGAGUCCAGUCGCAACAAACUGCUGAGACGCACGGUCUCCGUGCCGGUGGAGGGGCGGCCCCACGGCGAGCAUGAAUACCACUUGGGUCGCUCGAGGAGGAAGAGCGUCCCAGGGGGGAAGCAGUACAGCAUGGAGGCCGCCCCCGCUGCGCCCUUCCGGCCCUCGCAAGGCUUCCUGAGCCGGAGGCUAAAAAGCUCCAUCAAACGCACGAAGUCACAACCCAAACUUGACCGGACCAGCAGCUUCCGCCAGAUCCUGCCUCGCUUCCGAAGUGCUGACCAUGACCGGGCCCGGCUGAUGCAGAGCUUCAAGGAGUCACACUCGCACGAGUCUUUGCUGAGCCCUAGCAGUGCGGCCGAGGCCUUGGAGCUCAACUUGGAUGAAGAUUCCAUUAUCAAGCCAGUGCACAGCUCCAUCCUGGGCCAGGAGUUCUGUUUUGAGGUAACAACGUCUUCAGGGACAAAAUGUUUUGCCUGUCGUUCUGCCGCCGAGAGGGACAAAUGGAUCGAGAACCUACAACGGGCAGUAAAACCCAACAAGGACAACAGCCGACGGGUGGACAAUGUGUUGAAGCUGUGGAUCAUAGAGGCUCGGGAGCUACCCCCCAAGAAGCGGUACUACUGCGAGCUCUGCCUGGAUGAUAUGCUGUAUGCCCGCACCACCUCCAAGCCCCGGUCGGCCUCAGGGGACACCGUCUUCUGGGGCGAGCACUUUGAGUUUAACAACCUACCGGCUGUCCGCGCCCUGCGGCUACAUCUGUACCGUGACUCAGACAAAAAGCGCAAGAAGGACAAGGCGGGCUACGUUGGCCUGGUGACUGUGCCCGUGGCCACCCUAGCUGGGCGCCACUUCACAGAGCAGUGGUACCCCGUGACCCUGCCGACAGGCAGUGGGGGCUCCGGGGGCAUGGGGGGUUCAGGAGGGGGCGGGGGCUCAGGGAGCGGCUCAGGGGGCAAGGGCAAAGGAGGCUGCCCAGCUGUGCGGCUGAAAGCACGCUACCAGACGAUGAGUAUCCUGCCCAUGGAGCUGUAUAAGGAGUUUGCAGAGUACGUCACCAACCACUACCGGAUGCUGUGUGCCGUAUUGGAGCCCGCCCUGAAUGUCAAGGGCAAGGAGGAGGUUGCCAGUGCACUGGUUCACAUUCUGCAGAGUACGGGCAAGGCCAAGGACUUCCUUUCAGACAUGGCCAUGUCCGAGGUAGACCGGUUCAUGGAACGGGAGCACCUCAUAUUCCGCGAGAACACGCUCGCCACUAAAGCCAUAGAAGAGUACAUGAGACUGAUUGGUCAGAAAUACCUCAAGGAUGCCAUCGGGGAAUUCAUCCGUGCUCUGUAUGAGUCGGAGGAGAACUGCGAGGUGGACCCUAUCAAGUGCACGGCGUCCAGCCUGGCAGAGCACCAGGCCAACCUGCGGAUGUGCUGUGAGUUGGCCCUGUGCAAGGUGGUCAACUCCCACUGCGUGUUCCCGAGGGAGCUGAAGGAGGUGUUUGCAUCUUGGCGGCUGCGCUGCGCAGAGCGGGGCCGGGAGGACAUCGCUGACAGGCUGAUCAGCGCCUCGCUCUUCUUGCGCUUCCUCUGCCCAGCCAUUAUGAGCUGGGCACUUAGCCCCCAGGUAACAGCCUCACCCUUCCAGGAAGCCCUUCUGAAGCUGGGCCCACUGCCCCGGCUCCUCAAUGACAUCAGCACAGCUCUGAGGAACCCCAACAUCCAAAGGCAGCCAAGCCGUCAGAGUGAGCGGCCCCGGCCUCAGCCUGUGGUGCUGCGAGGCCCAUCGGCCGAGAUGCAGGGCUACAUGAUGCGGGACCUCAACAGCUCCAUCGACCUUCAGUCCUUCAUGGCUCGAGGCCUCAACAGCUCUAUGGACAUGGCUCGCCUCCCUUCCCCAACCAAGGAGAAGCCACCCCCACCGCCCCCUGGUGGGGGGAAAGACCUGUUCUAUGUAAGCCGUCCACCGCUGGCCCGUUCCUCGCCGGCGUACUGCACGAGCAGCUCGGACAUCACAGAGCCAGAGCAGAAGAUGCUGAGUGUCAACAAGAGUGUCUCCAUGCUGGAUUUGCAGGGUGACGGGCCUGGCGGCCGUCUCAACAGCAGCAGUGUGUCCAACCUGGCGGCCGUUGGGGACCUGCUGCACUCGAGCCAGGCUUCCCUGACAGCGGCCUUAGGGCUGCGGCCUGCGCCCGCUGGACGCCUCUCCCAGGGGAGUGGCUCGUCCAUUACAGCGGCUGGCAUGCGCCUCAGCCAGAUGGGUGUCACCACGGACGGUGUCCCUGCCCAGCAACUGCGUAUCCCCCUCUCCUUUCAGAACCCUCUCUUCCACAUGGCUGCUGAUGGGCCAGGCCCCCCAGGGGGCCACGGAGGGGGUGGUGGCCAUGCCCCUCCCUCCUCCCAUCACCACCAUCACCACCAUCACCACCACCGAGGUGGAGAGCCCCCCGGGGACACCUUUGCCCCGUUCCAUGGCUAUAGCAAGAGCGAGGACCUCUCCUCAGGGGUCCCCAAGCCCCCCGCCGCUUCCAUCCUUCACAGCCACAGCUACAGUGAUGAGUUUGGACCCUCUGGCACCGACUUCACCCGUCGGCAGCUCUCACUCCAGGACAACCUGCAGCACAUGCUGUCCCCUCCCCAGAUCACUAUUGGUCCCCAGAGGCCCGCCCCCUCAGGGCCCGGAGGUGGGAGCGGUGGUGGGGGCAGUGGUGGGGGUGGCGGGGGCCAGCCGCCUCCAUUGCAGAGGGGCAAGUCUCAGCAGUUGACGGUCAGCGCUGCCCAGAAACCCCGGCCAUCCAGUGGGAAUCUGUUGCAGUCACCGGAGCCGAGUUACGGCCCUGCCCGUCCGCGGCAACAAAGCCUCAGCAAAGAGGGCAGCAUUGGGGGCAGCGGGGGCAGCGGUGGCGGAGGGGGUGGGGGGCUCAAGCCCUCCAUCACCAAGCAGCAUUCUCAGGCGCCAUCCACGCUGAACCCCACAAUGCCCGCCUCCGAGCGAACGGUGGCCUGGGUCUCCAACAUGCCUCACCUGUCAGCUGACAUCGAGAGUGCCCACAUCGAGCGAGAAGAGUACAAGCUCAAGGAGUACUCUAAGUCGAUGGAUGAGAGCCGGCUGGACAGGGUGAAGGAGUAUGAGGAGGAGAUCCACUCACUGAAGGAGCGGCUGCACAUGUCCAACCGGAAGCUAGAAGAGUAUGAGCGGAGGCUGCUGUCCCAGGAAGAGCAGACCAGCAAAAUCUUGAUGCAGUAUCAGGCCAGACUGGAGCAGAGCGAGAAGAGGCUAAGGCAGCAGCAGGUGGAGAAGGAUUCGCAGAUCAAGAGCAUCAUUGGCAGGCUGAUGCUGGUGGAGGAGGAGCUGCGCCGGGACCACCCCGCCAUGCCUGAGCCGCUGCCCGAACCCAAGAAGAGGCUGCUCGACGCUCAGGAGAGGCAGCUUCCCCCCUUGGGUCCAACAAACCCGCGUGUGACGCUGGCCCCACCUUGGAACGGCCUGGCCCCCCCAGCACCGCCCCCUCCACCCCGGCUGCAGAUCACCGAGAACGGCGAGUUCCGAAACACCGCAGACCACUAGCCCACCCAGCAUCACAGACCUUCUUCUCCUUCCCCAUGCACCCCACCCUGGAACAGCACCCACCACCAGGACUGGAUAUCGCCGAGGGACAGCGGGAUUGCCUCCCUGAAUGCCUCCUUGGGGGGCAUCAAUCCCCCACCCCCACCGCACCAUUUCCAGGAGGGAGAGUGGGGACCCUUAGCUGUCCCCUUUUCCUUCCUGUUGGGGUGCUGCCCCCUGUGACCCCCAGGGACCCUUGCCCCAGGACACCACCUACCCCACACAGACCCCUUCACUCCGGGGUGCUAUCCCCAUCCUCUGCCUCAUCGUUCCCCUGAGCACUGGGGGACAGACCCUCGCCCCCACCCUGGGGGUGUGGCACCUCCAAACUUUCAACUUCAGGGUGAUUUUUUAGCAGUAACCAGAGCUGACAAUCUAAUUCCCCUCCACCGCCCCAUUUUGGCCUCCCCUGUCCCCCUUGUUAUGGGGAGGGGACCCCAGGUGAGGGGGCCCUAUUACCCCUUGAUUUCUCAGGAGCGUCUGGGGGGGCUCAGCACGCACAAACUCCUUCUCCUCCUCCUACUCUUAAAUUUACUCCCUCCCCACCCAGAACCCAGAUGGGGUGGAGGGGCCACCGGGGCAGGGAGGGGGCGGCAAGGGGGGAAUGGGAGUCAUCUCCCCUUCCUCCCACACCUGAUCUGCUCUUGGCUGGUCCCAGAGCGGGGUGAGGGGGCUUAUGCCCCCCCCUCCCCCAGUGUGUUGGGUGGGGUGGAAUUGAGGUUAGGGUGAGGGGUUAGGGUCUAGGAGGGUGUGUAUGUUAGGGAGGACAGACUAGUUGAUCUGCCCUACCCUGACACACACAGCCCCCCUUGUCCCUCCCCCUCUCUCUUCUUGGUCUCUACUCCCAGGGGGAGGGGGGAACUUACUCUAGGAAAAGCCAUGUCUCUCUCCCCCGGGGUGGGGGGACCUGUGUUGGAGGAGGGGUGUUGGGGGCCCCCUUCCAUGACUCUGUCCCCCCCCCCCGGGGGAGGUAGGACAGGGCUGGGCUUCCCUCUCAUCCUCCCCCCUCCCCAAUCUCCCUCCACCUCCCUCCCUCCCGCCAGCUCCACAAUUUUUCGGUGUUUCUCUGUACAUAGCUCUCUGGCGGGAUAGGGGAGGUAGGAUGGAUGGGGUUUAGGGUGGGUAGGUCAUGGGAGGGGAGAAGCCCCUCCUUGGCACCCCCUCUUCCCUGACUGCUGUCCCCUACCCAGCCUUGCCCCCUCAUCCCUUCUUGCGUUUGGUAUUGAGACUCUUUCCAGACUUCACCCUUCUUUCUUUUGUAUGGACAGUUCCCCUUCAGUCCCAUCCCCCUACACACAUACACCCAGCCGGGGCCAAAUUUAUACUUAUAUAAAAGUUGUAAAUAUGUGAAAUUUUAUCCCUGUGCCCUCUCCUUGCUUUCCCAACCUCAGACCCUACCCCUGGAUCCUCUUUCCUCUUCUCUUUGGCUGUUGUAAUUAUCUGGGGUUUGUACUGUACAUAUCGGGGGUGUGUGUGUGUGGGCUGGGGGCAACCCCUCUGUACAGAGCUUCCUGGCCCCCUCCCCCCCCACGCGUCCCUCCCCCUCCACCACCCUAAGGGUAGGGAGAUGCUCUUCCUACUUGUUUUAUUUUGUUUUCUCGUUCUCCCUCCCCACCCUGUCCCACCCCACUCCCAGCCUUCUCUGUCCUUCACCACUAUCCCUUUUUCUCCACUCCCAGCCCCAUUUCCUUUUUUUCUGGAGUGUGUGGUGAAACAGAAAAAUCAUGUUUAAUAAACGGAGAUUGUUCUUUUA